UUGCAUUUUGAUUUAAAAAAAAAGUUGAAAAAAGAGAGCAAAAAUCGUGAGAAAAAGAGCUUUGCUUAUUACUGUUAAUUGUUUGCUGGUGAAUUCAACCGCCAUCUUUCUGUGUGUUUGGCUUUCGAGAAAGAUUUCUUUGGUUAAAGCUCUUGAGCUAUUAUCAGUUCAAUUUUUUUAUCCGAUCUGACUCGCCGAGUCAGUUUUUCCUCGACUCGGUCGUGUGUCGGAUGAGUAGAUAGAAGGAAGAUCGCUGUGUAUAAUCUCCAUGGCUGCUCCGGUUAACAUUAUUGUAGGCUCUCAUGUAUGGGUCGAAGAUCCAACACUCGCAUGGAUUGAUGGAGAAGUUUUUAAAAUCAGUGGCGAAGAAGUUCAUGUCAACACAACAAAUGGAAAAACUGCUGUGGUAAAUAUCUCAAAGGUUUAUCCAAAAGAUACUGAAGCACCUCCCGGAGGUGUCGAUGACAUGACAAAGCUCUCAUAUUUGCAUGAACCUGGAGUUCUGCAUAACUUGGCUAUGAGAUAUGAACUUAAUGAAAUCUAUACAUACACUGGAAAUAUCCUGAUUGCUAUAAAUCCAUUCCAAAGGUUACCACACCUGUAUGAUACUCACAUGAUGGAACAAUAUAAAGGGGCUGGAUUUGGAGAGCUGAGUCCUCAUGUUUUUGCUGUUGCCGACGUUGCAUAUAGGGCAAUGAUUAAUGAGGGAAAAAGCAACUCAAUUCUAGUUAGUGGAGAAAGUGGUGCUGGUAAGACUGAGACUACAAAGAUGCUCAUGCGUUACCUUGCAUACCUUGGUGGUCGAUCUGGAGUUGAAGGGCGGACAGUUGAACAACAAGUUCUAGAAUCAAAUCCUGUUCUUGAAGCUUUUGGAAAUGCAAAAACUGUUAGGAAUAACAACUCAAGUCGUUUUGGUAAAUUUGUUGAGCUUCAGUUUGACAAGAAUGGGAGGAUAUCUGGGGCGGCUGUUCGUACAUAUUUGCUGGAACGUUCUCGAGUUUGCCAAAUUUCAAGUCCCGAAAGAAAUUACCACUGCUUUUACCUUCUUUGUGCAGCACCACCUGAGGUUAAAGAAAAUUUUAAGCUGGACGACCCUAGAUCUUUCCAUUACCUUAAUCAAUCGGACUGCUAUGCAUUGGAUGGGAUAGAUGAUGCUCAGGAGUACAUUGAAACUAUAAGGGCCAUGGAUGUCGUUGGAAUCAGCGAGGACGAGCAGGAGGCAAUUUUUCGUGUUGUGGCUGCCAUUUUACAUCUUGGGAAUGUUGAGUUUGCUAAGGGAGCUGAGGCUGACUCUUCUGUUAUCAAGGAUGAGAAAUCUAGGUUCCAUCUUAAUACGACAGCUGAGCUGCUCAAGUGUGAUGUCAAGAGCUUGGAAGAUGCAAUGAUAAAGCGUGUAAUGGUUACCCCUGAAGAAAUUAUUAAAAAAUCUCUAGAUCCUGUCGCUGCAGUGGGUAGCAGGGAUGCAUUAGCUAAAACCAUCUAUUCUCGCUUGUUCGAUUGGCUUGUUGAUAAAAUCAACUCUUCAAUUGGACAAGAUCCAAACUCAAAGCAAUUGAUUGGAGUUCUUGAUAUUUAUGGGUUCGAGAGCUUUAAGUUCAAUAGUUUUGAGCAGUUUUGCAUCAAUUUUACAAAUGAAAAACUGCAGCAACAUUUCAAUCAGCAUGUUUUUAAAAUGGAACAGGAGGAAUACACAAAAGAAGAAAUCAAUUGGAGCUACAUAGAAUUUGUUGAUAACCAGGAUGUGUUGGAUUUGAUAGAAAAGAAACCUGGAGGAAUUAUUGCACUUCUCGAUGAAGCUUGUAUGUUUCCCAAGUCUACACAUGAAACAUUUGCUCAGAAGUUGUUCCAGAUAUUCAAAAACAACAAGCGUUUCAUCAAACCAAAGCUAUCUCGUACUAGUUUUACUAUUUCUCACUAUGCUGGAGAGGUAACUUAUCUUGCUGAUUUGUUCCUUGACAAGAACAAAGAUUAUGUAGUGGCUGAACAUCAGGAUCUUUUGACUGCCUCAAAGUGCUCCUUUGUGGCUUGUUUGUUUCCUCCUCCAGCUGAGGAGUCUUCAAAAUCAUCCAAAUUUUCAUCCAUUGGAUCACGCUUUAAGCUGCAACUUCAAUCUUUAAUGGAGACAUUGAACUCAACAGAACCUCACUAUAUCAGAUGUGUGAAGCCAAACAAUGUUCUCAAGCCUGCAAUUUUUGAGAAUGCAAAUAUAAUUCAGCAAUUACGAUGUGGUGGUGUUCUCGAGGCAAUUAGGAUCAGCUGUGCUGGAUAUCCAACUAGAAGAACGUUUAAUGAGUUUCUUAACCGUUUUGGCCUUCUUGCUCCAGAAAUUUUGGAGGGAAAUCAUGAUGACAAGGUUGCCUGUCAAAUGAUCCUGGAUAAGAUGGGGUUGAAAGGUUAUCAGAUAGGUAAGACCAAAGUUUUCCUUCGAGCCGGUCAGAUGGCUGAGUUAGAUUCUAGAAGAGCAGAAGUUCUUGGACAUGCAGCCAGAACCAUUCAAAGGCAAAUCCGGACAUAUAUUGCACGGAAGGAGUUCAUUUCCCUACGUAAAGCUGCAAUCAUGUUGCAAUCUCAUUGGCGAGGCAUAUUAGCCUGCAAACUCUAUAAGCAGUUGAGAAGGGAAGCAGCUGCUGUGAAGAUCCAAAAGAUCUUUAGGCGGCACAUUGCUAGGGAGUCCUAUCUAAAUGUAAGGUUGUCUGCAAUCACAUUGCAAACUGGCUUAAGGGCAAUGACCGCUCGAAAUGAGUUCCGAUUCAGAAAGCAAACCAAGGCUGCAAUCAUUGUUCAGGCUACUUUCCGUUUCCAUGCUGCAUACUCUUAUUAUAAGAAUCUCCAGAAGGCUGCACUAACUACUCAAUGUGGUUGGAGGAAACGGGUUGCGAGGAGAGAGCUCAGAAAGCUUAAGAUGGCUGCCCGGGAAACAGGGGCUCUAAAAGAAGCAAAAGACAAACUUGAAAAGCGUGUGGAAGAACUUACAUGGCGUUUGUCACUUGAGAAACACUUGAGGACUGAUUUAGAAGAGGAGAAGGCACAAGAAAUUGCCAAGUUACAGGAUGCCUUGCAUGAAAUGAAAUUACAAGUGGAAGAAGCAAAUGAGCGAGUCAAGAAAGAGCAAGAAGCUGCUCGAAAAGCUAUUGAGGAAGCUCCUUCGAUCGUCAAGGAGACUCCUGUUAUAGUUCAGGACACUGAAAAGAUCGAUUCCUUAACUGCUGAGGUAGAAAGUUUGAAGGCUUCACUGCUAUCAGAAAGAAAAGCCACAGAGGAGGCUCAUAAUGCUUGUACAGACGCCAAGGCCAGAAAUGCAGAGCUGGUAAAGAAACUUGAAGACUCAGAACGGAAAGUGGAUCAACUUCAGGAAUCUGUGCAGAGGUUGGAAGAGAAGCUUUCCAAUUCACAAUCAGAGAUUCAAGUACUUCGCCAGCAGUCACUGGCAAUAUCACCAACUGGGAAAUCCUUGACCACAAGACAAAGAACAAUGAUUGUUCCGAGGACACCCGAGAAUGGAAAUGUUAUAAAUGGAGAAUCAAAGGUUCUAUCGGACAUGACUCGUGCCAUAUCGAAUGUACAUGAGCCUGAAUCUGAGGAAAAACCUCAGAAAAACCUCAACGAAAAACAGCAGGAGAACCAGGACCUUCUUAUCAAGUGUAUAUCACAAAAUUUGGGAUUCUCCGGGAGCAAACCGAUUGCUGCUUGUGUUAUUUACAAAUGUCUUCUUCACUGGAGGUCAUUUGAAGUUGAAAAAACGACUGUCUUUGACCGCAUCAUUCAAACAAUAGCUUCUUCCAUAGAGGUCCAGGACAAUAACGAUGUCCUAGCGUAUUGGUUAUCCAACUCAUCAACGUUAUUGAUGCUGCUCCAACGCACACUUAAAGCAAAUGGAGCUGCAAGUUUGACGCCACAAAGGCGAAGAGCAUCAUCAGCUUCGCUCUUUGGGAGGAUGUCUCAAGGACUACGUGGAUCUCCCCAAAGUCCCGGGCUUUCAUUUCUUAAUGGUCGCGGAAUUAGUAGGCUCGACGACUUACGGCAAGUUGAGGCCAAGUACCCUGCAUUACUGUUUAAGCAACAACUGACUGCCUUCCUGGAGAAGAUAUAUGGAAUGAUAAGAGACAAUCUAAAGAAAGAGAUCUCUCCACUGAUUGGAAUGUGUAUUCAGGCUCCUAGGACAUCACGGGCAAGUAUGGUGAAGGGACGUACUCAAGCAAAUGCCGUUGUUCAGAAAGCUUUAAUUGCUCAUUGGCAAAGCAUUGUGAAAAGCUUGAACCGUUAUUUGAAUAUAAUGAAAGCAAACCAUGUACCACCUUUCUUAGCCCAUAAAGUGUUCACUCAGAUAUUCUCAUUCAUCAAUGUUCAGCUAUUCAACAGUCUUCUUCUGCGACGCGAGUGUUGCUCAUUCAGUAAUGGGGAAUAUGUGAAAGCUGGUUUGGCUGAAUUAGAGCAAUGGUGCAACGAGGCAACCGAGGAGUAUGCAGGUUCGGCAUGGCAUGAACUCAAGCACAUAAGACAGGCCAUAGGAUUCCUGGUUAUUCAUCAGAAACCAAAAAAGACCUUGGAUGAAAUCACUAAAGAGCUUUGUCCGGUACUAAGCAUACAACAGUUGUACCGAAUCAGCACAAUGUACUGGGAUGAUAAAUAUGGAACACAUAGUGUGUCAUCAGAUGUCAUUGCGAAAAUGAGAGUCAUGAUGACUGAAGACUCGAACAAUGCCGUUAGUAGUUCUUUCCUAUUAGACGAUGACUCGAGCAUUCCGUUUACGGUGGAUGACAUCUCCAAGUCCCUGCAGCAAGUCGACAUAGCUGAUGUCGAGCCUCCAUCAUUGAUCCGCGAAAAUUCCGGGCUCGGUUUCUUACUUCCACGUUCAGAAUGAUCAUCAUUUGUGCAUAUAAACUACAUACUAUUUAUUCUUUUCUCCAUGUUCCAAAGACAUGGGGUGUUUCUUCAAGAAGCCAUUAUCACCAUUUUUGUGUGAUAAUGUGCAAUACAGAAAUAGGUUGGUCUUCUGCCCAAAAAGGGUAUUUUUGGUCUUUCCGGUUUUCUU